AUGUUGGCGAUCCUGCUGCUGUCGAUCCAGCCGGCGAGUGCGAGUGCGAGCUCGAGCCCGCUUCGCCGAGCGCUGUUCGACCAGCUGCCGGGGCUGCUCCUGGCCGUACUCGUCGUCGUCGCGGCGGUAUGCCUCGCCCUGUCCCGGCCUCCCCAGCAGGGCCAGAUCGUCCUCCCGACCGACGACGAGGCUGCUCCAGCUGCUGCGACUGCACCGGCCAUCAACCCGCCCAAGAUCGACUUCGACUACGAGAUGGACGUGGAGCGCCACUACCGCCGACUGCGCGUUCGCAAGCUCGCGACCGUGCUCGUGCUGCUGCUGCUCGUGUCGCUCAAUCUGUUUGCGAUCGCAUGGGACGCACUUCGAGGCGCAUCCAAGACCUCCCUUAUCGAUAGUGCCAUCAUGAUCGUCUUUUGGGUCAGUCGAUGCGAAGCUCGUACUGGGGGAAUCAUCAGGGACACGCCGCACGCGAACGACGUCAUGCGCUCGGCUCCGCAGGAGCUACGGGGGGGGGGGCAUCACCCUCUACCGGGCAAAUUGUAGGGCACUGACAUUCGAUCACGCGUUGCCCAACAGUCCGCAUGUGCCUAUAUCGCAUCAGCUUCGUACUUCCUCACCAACUCGGACGCCGACAUUGACCGCCAUUGGGACUACACCGUCACGCUCGCGACUCUGACCGGUGCCGCGCUGCUCACGACGAUCGUGCGCAUCAUCCUUCCGGCCACAACCUCGCCUGUGCCUUCCCACGACCUCCCCAAGCACAUCUACGUUCCCAUCAUGGUCAUCCUCGUCGCCAACACGCUCCUUCAACUCGUCGCGUUCCUCCUUACCGGUAAUACCCGUCGAUGCGCCCCACUCGCGAGAAAAGUGCAACCCCUCAAGGCCUCCGAGCUCUACAACGACGACCUCAAGACGACCGCAACAUCGUCAGAGUACAAGGCCGUCACCGACUUCAAGUCGUGCUCGCCGCUCUCGUACGUGCUCUUCGAAUGGCUCUCGCCCGUGCUCGCUGUCGGGUUCAAGGCCGAGACCCUCUCCGAGGACGACAUGCCCUCGCUCGCCGCCAACGAUCGCGCCCCCAAUCUCUGGGAGAAAAUGCGCGUAAAGUCAGGAAAAGGAGGUCCCAAGUGGAUGAACCCGCUAUUGUACCGCGUCCUCUCGGUCAACCGACAUGCUUUUCUCUGGCAGGCCACCCUCGCCUUCAUCAACGCCUUCAUCUAUUACCUCCCCGCUUAUUUCCUUCAGCGCUUUGUCAAGUUCUUGGAAGAGCGUAAUCAGACCCCUGGCGGUUCGUUGAGGUGGGGUUACACCUACUCGCUCGGCCUGUUCUCCGCCGCCGUCUUGGACGCCCUCGUCGGUGGUCAACUCUGGUUCGUGUCCAACUCGAUGCUGUCAACCAGGAUCCGCGUCCAGCUCAACACGCUCGUUUUCGACAAGACCCUGAGGCGCAAAGACGUUGCUGGGGUGUCCAUGGCCGCGCAACCGUCUUCCGAGGACGGUGAGGGAGAGGAGGGAGGCGAGGAGAAAGGCAAUCAUACCGGAGACAAGACCGAUUUCGGUAGCAAGUCCGCCGUGCUGAAUUUGUGGACGAUCGACGUCGAUCGAGUCGCCGACUUCAGCGUGUGGUGCUUUUCCAUCAUUGACACCCCGAUGGAGAUCAUCAUUGGUACUUGUGAGUGUUGGUCUUUGGCAUUCGCACAAACGCGCCAUUUCCGCUUUGCUGAAACUUGUGCUCGCUCUUCACCAACCACAGUUUUCCUCUACAAGCUGCUUGACUACGCCGCCUUCAUCGGCAUUCUCGUUGCCGUCUUCUUCAUUCCUCUUAACCACUGGACUUCGAGCGCGUUCGCCGAUGUGCAGGACAAGCUCAUGGCCGCUCGUGACAAGCGCGUGUCGCUCAUGAACGAGGUCCUCCAGAGCAUCCGCAUGAUCAAGUACAUGGCCUUUGAGGAACCGUUCGAGAAGCGCAUCAUGGAAGCUCGCACGCUCGAGCUCAAGCAGCUGCGCCGCAACUUCUUGCUCGAAGUCAGCUUCAGUGGCAUCUGGGGCAUCUCGCCCAUCCUCUGCGUCAUCGUCUCGUUUUACGUCUACACCAACAUCAUCGGCAAAGAAUUGACGCCUUCGAUCGCCUUCGCCUCGCUGGCCGUCUGGAACGAGUUGCGCUUCGCCCUCAACGCCGCGCCCGAUGUUUUCGUCAACGCCAUCCAGUGCUUGGUCUCGUUGCGCCGACUGCAGCGCUACCUCGACACCCCCGAAGUCGAAGUCGUAACGACUGAUGACCCCGACGCCCCCAUCGAGGCGCAAUCUCCUGAUGUCGCUUUCCGCUCCGCCACGGUCACGUGGCCCCAGAAGAACGACGCCGUCUCCCCCUCGGGGUCGGGAUCGUCGACGCCUGCCGCUCGACCUUUCGAGUUGCAAGACGUCUCCGUCGACUUUCCGCGCGGUAAAAUGUCACUCAUCAGUGGUCCCCUCGGCUCGGGCAAGACGUUGAUGUUGCUUGCGCUGCUCGGAGAAUGUGACGUUUUGGCGGGGCAAGUCGUCUGCCCUCGAUCACCGGCGAAUGCGAUCCUGUUGCCUACGAUCGAUUGGGACACGUUCCUGACCGAGGAAAACUGGUUGCACCCCAAUCAUACCGCCUUUGUCCCGCAAACGGCUUGGUUGCAGAACGCCUCGAUCCGAGCCAACAUCUGCUUCGGUCUCCCCUUUCGAGCAAGUCGGUACAAGCGAACGCUCGAGGCGUGCUCGCUCGAUAGCGACCUGUCGAUCCUUCCCGAUGGGGAUCUGACUGAGAUCGGAGAGAAGGGCGUGAACCUUUCGGGUGGUCAGAAGGCUCGAGUCAGUUUGGCGAGGGCGGUGUAUUCGAGGGCGACGCUCUUGCUUUUGGAUGACGUGUUGAGCGCCGUGGACGGUGAGUUGGACUUGAAGUUCAGUAUAUGAGGCCAGUGCGUAGUUGCUGAUUCUAUUGGUUCGUCCGAUUUGCAGCUCACACGGCUUCGCACAUCUACCACAAGUGCCUCAAAGGGCCCUUGAUGGAUGGUCGAACGAUCCUCCUCGUCUCGCACCAUGUCCAAUUGACCGCGCCCGGUGCUGAUUUCGUCGUCUCGCUCGACAAUGGCCGUGUCGCCUUCUCGGGUGACGCGGACGGCUUCCGCGAGUUCGGUGGCUACAAGCUCGCGGACGACGACGAACCGACGGUCGAAUCACUGGCCAAGCAUGCGACGCCCAGUGCCAAGUUCAAGAACAAGGUCCUCGUCGACCUCGUCGCUGAAUCGGUGCCCGUGUCCGAGUCGAACAGCUCGGCGAGUGAGGCCGAGUCGGACGACGAGGACGAAGAAGACCGGGCGCAAGUGACGACUCUGGAUGCGGAGAACCAGGCCGCGGAUGGCAAGUCCGCGCCGAGGAAGCUCAUUGAGGAGGAAUCGAGGGCGAUCGGGACCGUCAAGUGGGACGUGUGGAAGCUUUACCUCGGCCUUCUGGGUGGCGUCUUUUUCUGGAUCUGGUUCGUCAUCGCUUUCGGUGGCGCCAAGCUAGCGGAUGUCGCGCAGUCGUUGUGGCUCGCCCGGUGGAGUGCAUCGUACGAGAUCGAAGCCGAUGCGACGACGGGUCGAAGACAUCACAGCGUCAACUACUAUCUUGGGAUCUACUGCUUCCUGUCGCUGCUCGCCGUCGUCCUCUCGACGUUGCAGUGGUUCGUGCUCUAUGCUGGAUCGCUACGUGCCAGUGAUCGGAUCUACCGCAUCAUCCUCAAGGCUAUCUUGCGCGCGCCUCUGCGCUUCUUCGAUACGCAGGCCCUCGGUCGACUGUUGAACAGGUUCGGCAAGGAUACCGAAGCCGUCGACAGUCAGUUGCCCGACAACAUUGGUCGAUCCUUGAUGUUUGGUCUGGGAGUCAUCACGACGCUCAACGUCAUCAGUUCCGUUGCUCCGACGUUCUUGAUCGGCUUCGGCAUCGUUGGCAUCGCGUAUUGGUGGCACGCUCGGUUGUUCGCGAAGAACGCGCGCGAAUUGCGUCGCCUCGAUUCGAUCGCGAAGAGUCCCCUGUACUCGAUUUAUGGCGAGGCCGUCGCGGGUGUUUCCGUCAUCCGUGCUUUCGGCUCCGGCUCGCGCUUCAUGGAGAUCAUGCUCGAGCUUGCAUCGACGCAGGUCACGUACUACUGGACCUUGUGGUCCGUCAACCGAUGGCUCUCGGUUCGCUUCCAACUGCUCUCGGCCUUGGUCCUCGGUCUUACGGGUGUCGUGCUCCUCCAAGCCGGCGAUACGAUCGACGCUUCUCUCGCCGGCUUCGCGCUCACGUUCGCUCUCAGUAUCGCGAAUGACAUGCUCUUCCUCGUGCGUCGGUUCACUUCGCUCGAACUGAACAUGGUCUCGGUCGAGCGUAUCAAGGAGUACUCUGAAGUCAAGCAAGAAGCGGCGCAAAUCAUCGAGCCACGACCUCCCGCGCACUGGCCGUCGAAGGGAGCGAUCUCGGUCGAGAAGCUCGCGAUCCGCUACGCGCCCGAACUUCCGGACGUGCUGCACAACAUCUCCUUCUCCGUCGCACCGGGGGAGAAGGUCGGGAUCGUCGGCGCUACGGGAAGUGGCAAGUCGACGAUCACGUUGGCCAUGUUCCGAUUCAUGGAAGCGUGGAAGGGUCGCAUCGUCAUCGAUGGGUUGGAUAUCGCCAAAGUCGGGCUCAAGGAUUUGCGUCAACGAUUGACCAUCAUCCCUCAGGAUCCGACGAUCCUUUCGGGGACGUUGAGGUCGACGCUCGAUACGUUCCACGAAUUCACCGACCUCGAGAUCUUUGAUGCGUUGCGAAGGGUGCAACUCAUCAAACCCGGCGAGCGAGAGGCUAGAGUUGAGGAGGGGGCCAAUCGAUCGCCGUUCUUUGAUUUGGAGAGCGAGGUGUCCGAGGGGGGGCAGAACUUUUCGCAGGGUCAGAGGCAGUUGUUGACGAUGGCGAGGGCGUUGUUGAAGAGGAACAAGAUUUUGUUGCUCGAUGAGGCGGUGAGUGCGCAUCGCGAUGCGGUGUCGUUGGAAGAGGUCGAGUACGGCAGCUGACUUUUUGAGUGAUGCUUCCUUAGACCGCCUCGGUCGACUACAAGACCGACGAACUGAUCACGCAAACGAUCUCGGAAGAAUUCAACGACUCGACCCUUCUCGUUAUCGCCCAUCGACUGCGCACCGUCAUUGGCUUCCACAAGAUCCUUCUCCUCGACGCGGGCAAGAUUUUGGAAUACGAUUCGCCGAGUCAACUCUUGGCCGAUCCGAGGUCGAGGUUCUAUGCGCUCUGUAGGGCCACGGGUCGGAGCGAGUUUAGGAUUUUGAAAAAGAUGGCCGAGGGGAAGAUCGCGGCGUCGCAUAAGAACAUCAAGGUCGGUUCUGGAGUUGGUUUGGUCGUUCGUUCUUUUUGACUGACUUGAUUGAUUCUUGACUAGCUCGUGAGACGGGCGAGUACAGGUACCAAAAACGUCAAGGCUGCGGCGCCGGCGACGGAGGAUUAG